UUAACACACAACUGUGUUUAGAUUAAGUGUGUGUGUUUGGAUUAUUUGCUGUGUUAAACAGAUCAAAAUCUGUGACGUUUAAUGGUUUGAUAUUACAAGCUGAAGAAACUUGAGUUUAAGGGAAUGUCUGACUUGUUACUGAAGAGGAAAUGAAAGGAACACAAAAUGGCUGCAAGGAAAGUUUCUGGAAGAGGGAUGUUUUUUCAGGAAUCUGUGGAGCCGUACACUAUGAAACUCUGUUACCUGAUUCUGCUGUCAGUGCCAGGUUUAAUUCUGGCUCAGAACUAUGAUGAUGAUUACACAGAUCCCUUUGGCAACAGCAACAAUUAUGACCAAUAUUACUAUCCACGGGUGUCUCAACAGAUACAAGCGCAGACUACAGGACCAGAACAGAGCGUGGUGGACUUUCAGACAGAGCCCACAGAACCGGGACCGCUGGACUGUCGUGAGGAGCAGUAUCCCUGCACGAGACUCUAUUCUGUCCAUCAACCCUGUAAACAGUGUCUCAACAGCAUCUGCUUCUACAGUCUGCGUAGAGUUUAUGUGAUCAAUAAGGAGAUCUGUGUGAGGACCGUCUGCGCCCAUGAGGAGCUGUUGAGAGCGGAUCUGUGUCGUGAUCAGUUUUCCCGCUGUGGUGUAGUUGCACUCAGUGGCCAGUGUGGGGCGAUGAGCGGUGGCUGCGCCAAGAGCUGCGGAUCCUGUUAAACACACACAAACACACACACACACACACACACACACACACACACACACACACACACACUAGCCCUGGUACUGCCAAUCAGAUGCUGAUAAACACACUGCACUCAAACUCUUGAGCUUUAUUAGGCCAGAAACAUACUCUACGCAAAUAUGCAACGGAUGUGAAUGCUUGACCUACGUAUCGCAAGCGUCACGGUCCCGUUGAACAUUCUUAACAUUUGUUCUUGCGUUGCUGUGGCGGCAAUAAACUUCUUACUCCAGGGGGCGACAGAGUUAUGUGAUAAUGUCAUCGAUUGAUCUGAAAGAGAAAACAGACUAUAGAAGACUUAGCAAUGCUAAGAAUACCGUUUGUGUCGUGUUAUGAAUUCCACUCGGACACAUUUCAGAAUGCAGUGACGCAUGAAACUGAGCUUGGUUAGCUGCAAGUUUGCGUUCAUGUACUUGUGUAGAGUAUAUUUCAGGCCUAAAUCCAUCAAACUCUCAACUGUCACCCCUCCAGGAUUUACAAAACAUAGGAUGUCCGGGGAAGAGUCAUUCAUAUUUACGAGUAAAGCGCUACAUGAUUUGGUAGGGAUACACCCUGACUACACCAGACGCGAGUGACACGACAAAAGCAGAUCAGCCCCAUUAUAAUUAAUGAUGAUGUCUACACUGGAUGCGUUGCACCAUGUCGAGCCAACGGUAAACAGAUGUCCCUUUCAAUUUAGUGCUGCAUGUGCUGCUGCUACUCCUGUCAACAAGACAAAUGGACGAAGAGUUUUUAGAAUGUUCACUAACUUCGCUUCAACGCGACUAGUGUAAACAGCCUCUAGCUGUUGCGACGCGACAUCGCUCCCAUCUGGUGUAGACAGGGUAUUAGGUUUAGGGGUAGGGUUGGGUUUUAGUUUCUCCGACCAAACAGACUGAAUUGUCCAAUCAGGUAUGGCUUUCCUAAUGAAUAUAAAUGACUCGUCCCCUGCCAUGCUACGUUUCGAAACUCGCUGCUCCUACUCUUCUUCUCUUUAUAUAUUUCUCCGGCAGCAUCUGAUGUUACUCUGAUGAUUUUUGGGCUCAUAUAAACUGAUAUUUACUGUAGUAAUCAUUUUAUUUUGGCCUGUAUGUUGCCUCUGGUGCUAUUGUAUUUGUUACACUGGUGCAGGAGAAACAGAGAUGUCACUUUUGUAUUAUUACUGCUUCACUGUGUCAUUGUUCAGUGUUGUUAUUGUUGUUUAUUUGAUCAUUGUGCCUUGGGGUGUUACACUGAACCCAGACUCAAACCCUCAUAUCUGAUCUCACGUCAGAGUUAAAGACCUGUGAGCACUGAUCUGUUGUCAAUAAUCAAUAAUCAUCUUCAGCUACUGACCGCAGACCUGCACAGAUGACUCAGUCUGGGUUCAGCUUUAAUAUACUCACCAUUUAUUACUGUAAUACUGGCUGUUACAAAAGCUUUCUAAAUAUAUUUGCAAUAU